AUGUCCGUCCACGAAUGGACUGAGGAGGACCGUCCGAAGUCCCGGUGCUUGUCUGCCAGAGCUCCGCGCACACCUCGCACACUAUCACCACGGCGCAAGGUUCACGCAGUGGAUGAAGAAGAUAUUAUGGUGCAGAGAAAUAACGAAAGGAACCGUCGCAAAUCCGUGGCUCGGCCCAUGAGUGCUCGUGAGCCUCCGCUCUCUGCCUGCUCUCGGCGAACUUCGCUCACUCAACGUCCAGCUUUCUCUAUAUAUUGA